AUGAGCUCCGGCGGCUGGUCUGGGGGUUCUGGUGGUGGCGGCGGCGGCGGCGGUGGUGGAGGAGGAGGAGGUGGAGGAAGCGGAGGAGGAGGAGGUGGUGGUGGCGGCGGCGGAGGCCCCAGUGCAUUUCCACUCCUCUUUGCGAAGAGAACAGAAAUGAACAUGAAAACGAUGGAGUUUUAUGCUGCCGGCAUUUGCGGACUCAUGGGACUUUUCAUCUUUCUCCAUCUCACGAGGGUAUUUGCCCAAAAGAGUGGCUUCAACAAGGCGACUAUCUUCGCUCCUUUCCAUUAUGUCUCCAGAAUUGUGAGGCGGACCCUCCUGCCUAAGUUCCCUGGCUUGCCUUCCCGUGGCCAUGCAGUAUUGGCGGCCCUGUUCAUCGCCAUCAAUGUCAUCGUAUCAUUCGUCAACAUGGACAACAAGAGCCUAGGUAUCCAAACGAAUCUCGCCGCUAGGUGGGGAUGGUUGAGCGUUUCAAACUUGGUCGUGGUAGUCUUCCUGUCGUUGAAGAACACCCCGCUCGCUUACAUCUCGGCCUGGUCAUAUGAACGCAUCAAUGUGUUGCAUAAAAUCGCCGGCUCCGUCACCUUGGCCGUCGUGAUCCUACAUGCCUGCACCUACGCCUCGUAUUUCGGGAAUUCCAAUAACAUCAAGCGGCUCCGCGAACAUGAAGAGAUUUACGGUAUGGUCUCCGGCUUCUGCCUCCUCGUGAUGGUACUCGCCGCCGUCAUUAUCCGACGAUUCUGGUACGAAUUAUUCUACGUCAUGCAUCUUCUUUUCUUCCUGGCGACUGUCGUCUUUGUCGGUCUCCACCAGCCGGAGGUUGUCAAGAAGAUCGCGAUCGUAACCUGCAUCGUCGGCGGUCUCUGGGUCUUUGAUAGGUCCAUCCGCUUCACCCGACUAGUCUUCUACAGCGUCAACAACGAGGCUGUCGUCUACCCCCUCUCCGAAGGUGGCACUCGUAUCAAGCUCAAGAAGGGACCGGGCGGUAAUGCCUCGGGCUCCCACUGCUUCGUUUGGAUUCCUGGAGUCCGCUUUUUCGAGAUGCAUCCUUUUACCGUUGUCUCAUCGGAGUCCAACGAGUUUGUGGUCAAGUCAUACGACGGCUUCACCCGCGACCUUCACAGGUUUGCCUCAGCCUACCCCGGCAGGAGCUUGAUGGCGUCCGUGGAAGGACCGUACGGAACGUUCCCCAACAUACCAUCUUUUGACCGAAUCGUGAUGCUUGGCGGCGGCAGUGGCGCAAGUUUCACCGUCGGAAUAGCCCUAAGAGCAUUGAACAAGUGGAACAAUAAACUACCAAUCCAGUUCCACUGGAUGUGCAGACACCGAGGUUACUUUAAGUGGUAUGCCGACCACAUUCAAGAGCUCCGAGCUAGCGGCAAGGUCAACGUCAACAUCCACGUAACUGGCAACACACCGCCGCCGUCGGCCGACGAGGACAAGCCCAACUUGUACCUUGCGACGCCUCCCCGCUCUACGACGCCGAUUGAGUUGGAUCGCGAGGUGCGCGGUGACGUAGAAAAGAUGGAUAGCAUUGAGAAGAUGGAAUCCCAAUCCUCAUCGCCAGCCCACUCGGAACAUAUACCUGUCUGCUCUGGCAACUGCGGAGCGCAUCAACUCUGUCUCGACACUGGCAUCGACAUCUCCGAGGGUCGACCCAGCGUGUCUCAGAUUAUCAAGGACGAAGUUGCCAGGGCUGGUAGGACUGAGCGGAUCCUGAUUAUAGGGUGCGGACCCGUGAGUCUCAUGGACGAAGUAAGGAACACCACGGCGGCAUGCAUCCAAUGUGAGGGACCGGCCCUCGAGCUCCACUGUGAGCAAUUUGGAUGGUGA